AUGGAUUGGGGAGCCCUGCAUACCAUUUUGGGAGGUGUAAAUAAGCACUCCACCAGUAUCGGGAAGAUAUGGCUCACAGUCCUGUUCAUCUUCCGUAUCAUGAUCCUGGUUGUGGCUGCAGAGAGAGUCUGGGGAGACGAACAAGAUGACUUUGUCUGCAACACACUUCAGCCUGGCUGCAGAAAUGUUUGCUAUGAUCACUUUUUCCCCAUCUCUCACAUCAGACUGUGGGCCCUGCAGCGGAUCUUUGUCUCCACGCCUGCGCUGCUGGUGGCCAUGCACGUAGCUUACAGGAGGCACGAGAAGAAAAGGCAGUUCAGAAAGGGGGACCAGAAAUGUGAAUACAAGGACAUUGAAGAGAUCAGAAAACAGAGGUUUCAUAUCGAGGGCUCCUUGUGGUGGACAUACACCAGCAGCAUCUUUUUCAGACUAGUCUUUGAAGCUGUCUUCAUGUACGCGUUCUAUUUCAUGUACGAUGGGUUCCGAAUGCCUCGCUUAAUGAAGUGUAAUGCCUGGCCCUGCCCCAACACGGUAGACUGCUUUGUUUCUCGGCCCACUGAAAAGACAGUGUUCACUAUUUUCAUGAUUGCUGUGUCCAGCAUUUGCAUUCUUUUAAAUGUGGCUGAAUUAUGUUACUUGCUGACAAAAUUUUUCCUCAGAAGGUCUAAAAGAGCUGGAAAUUCAAAACAGCAGCCCAACCAUGAGGAGAAGGAAGAAACCAAACAGAAUGAAAUGAACGAAUUGAUAUCUGAUAGCUGUCAGAACACAGUUAUAGGGUUUUCAAGUAGCUAAGGUGGUGUCAAUGCUGAUGUUCACUCUUUUUGGAGUGAAUGCUUUAUUUAAAGGCUGCAAGUGAAAUUUGUUAUAUGAAACCACUGAAGUUUGGUGAUACUUUGAUACGUAGUGUCAGGUGUCAAGUAUGUACCUGUGUGGAAAACGUCAGGGCAGCCUAAAUGUGAAAAUUGUGUGAGGAUUAAAUAGGAAGAGAUGCUUUCCUAUGACUACCCUUACAAGCUGACUAAUGCAAGUGGGAAUGCCACUUCUACCUUCAUGCUGACACAGCUCCUGGAAACUAAAUGUAACAGCAAUAAGAACAAAAUUCUUUCCAAGCUAGGUAUUCUAGUAUUACAAGAUGUUUUGUAAUAGUGAUAGUUUUUACUUGUGAACUGACAAUUAAAAUAUUUUUCUAAAAAUCUCAGAUUCCAUGUUACUUAAGGUGUUACAGUACACAACUGUUUUGUUUCUUAACCAGGCAUAUGCAGAUGAACCCUGUAAUACCAUAUUCAUAGGGAGGAGACAGCGAUAGGCUACAUCUUCACAGCUUUGCAAGUGCUGCUUGAGUCUGGACAGGUAGCUUGAGAGCUUGCAUACACACACUGCUGGCUGUAGGAGAAGUUGUGUGAAAGCCUGCCAGUGUGGAUAAUUGAGGUAGCUAGAUCCUGAGUGCAAAAAGUCAUGCCUAAAACCAGAACAAGAAUAUAGAUAUAGCCUAAGUAGAUUUGCUUUAAACAUCUAGCAGACCUGGGAAUCUUAUCAAUCUUUUAACUGCAUACUGCCAGUUUUAUAGCAACUUACAUAACUUUAAGUAGAUGUUUAUUUCUCUAAUGUAUUAGCUGUACUUGUUUCUUUAUGCUAUACCACAUCAUGGAACUUUUUUUGGUUUUGAUUUGUUUGCUUUUUUUGUAGUAGACUGAUGGUGCUGUUAUGAGACUAGAGGCUCUCUGGUUUCAAGGACAUGCAAAAGUAUUACUGGAAAUGGAGCAAGUCUUCUGAAUAAAAGGCAAACACUUUA